ACAGCCCGACCCCCGGGGGCGACACUCAGGGGCUCCCCGGGAGCACUGGGCAGCCGCUUCGAGCGGGACUCCCUGUACCGCAGCUCCCUGACGCAGAGGAACCCCACCGGCAGGUCGGCCCCCGCCCGCCUCGGCUUCUCGAAACCCGUGAUGACCCACCGGCCCUAGAGGGGUGGAGCAGGACAGAGCCACGCCCCUGCCUCCCUCCGUGCGUCCCAUCCCUCCACCUGGCCUGCGUUUUCCUCACCCACUGUCCAGCAGAGAACCAAGACCCCCGUCCUAGGGGAGCCCUGUCGGUGGCCGCUGUCCCCUGUGCUCUCUGCGCUCCCCGGCUGCCCGCUUCUCUCAGGGGAUGCUGGUGGAUGCCGCGAAGCACAGGGCCUCCGUCCACACCCUCAGUUCACCCUCCGCCCUCUUCCCGCUGCUUUCCCGCCAGGCCGCCUCGUCCCGUGCCGAGCAUGCAGGUGCCGCCGGCCGUGCUCCUCUGCCUGCUGCUGGGCCUGGCGCUGGGGGCAGCCGCCAGCCGGGGACCCCCGCGCUCCAUGGAGAUCCACGCCCCCGACAUCGACGUCGCCUGGUACAGGGGCCGGGGGAUCCGGCCCGUGGGACGCUUCGGCCGCAGGAGAGACGCCCCGGGCCGCAGCCCCCCGCUGGCACCGCAGAGAAGAUGGGUCACCCCUGGCCUGGAGCGGGGGCAGCACGGCCCCCUAGGGUGCUGA